UCAAAGCUUUUUGCGUGCGUCAGAAAUGUAGCACUGAGUCCCACAAGCCCCCUCGGUACGUUUGCAACAAAGCUCACGUUUGUCACAAAUACCACCAGCACAGUACUUCCACACAUCGUUACAGACGCGGCUACCACAGAAGCUUAUAAGGCAAGAGUUGAAUGUCGGCGGAGCCAGCCGGUCUCAGUGACCAGCCUGCAGCAGCGGCUGCCACAGACGUGAGAACCGGUUGGGGCAGGACGGCUCCACACGAGCACAGCACCAGGGCCCGCGAAGCCACAGCUGGCUGGGGGAAACCAGCAGAUCAGAACGAAGAGAAGCCAGAUAUCAGUAAGCCUCCAGAGUCUCCACUGUCUGAUGCCUCAGCAGAGAAGGCCAUGCAAGGCUCUGACACUGACCUAGAUGUUGAAGAUCCUGGGAAAGCCUUUGCAGGUGUUAUGGGUGCAGAGCUGUACCUGGAAGCAUGCAGGCUGAUGGAGGUGGUGCCUGUCUCACACUUUGCUCAGAACUUGACCAAGCCUUAUAUAAACCUGAACCACCACGGUCUGGGACCCAAAGGUGUCAAAGCCAUUGCUAUUGCUCUAGUGUCUAAUGCAACUGUCACCCACUUAGAGCUGGAAGAUAACCACAUUCUGGCAGAAGGAGCCAAAUGCAUAGCAGAGAUGUUACGAGAGAAUUGCUCUCUUCGAGAACUGAACAUUUCCAAUAACCACCUAGACACAGAAGGGGCUGAAGCCAUUGCCAGUUUGCUUUUGGAAAAUGCAUCCUAUCUCCAUACUCUUCAGCUCUCAGGAAACAGCUUCGGAGAGGAGGCUGCAUCAUGCCUUGCUGAUGCAUUAAUGAGCAAUUACCAAGUGAAGGAGCUGGACCUCAGCCACAAUGAGUUCUCUGAGAAGGGAGGACAGCUCUUAGGACAGAUGCUCGCUGUCAACACAACACUGGAGAUUCUGGACCUGAGCUGGAACCACCUGAGGAGGAAGGGAACAGUAGCAUUUGGCACAGGUCUCAAGGGCAAUGCUGCACUGAAAAUACUCAACCUGUCUUGGAACAGCAUUGGGAAUGAGGGAGCACAGGCCAUAGCAGAAGCUCUCAAAGUUAACAGUGUUCUGAUUCACCUGGACAUCAGCAACAACCAGAUCAACAAUGAGGGAGCCAAGAAGAUCUGCAAAGGCCUUAAAGUCAAUGGAACGCUCAAAGUUCUGAAGAUGGCCAAUAAUCUCUUGACUGUGGAAGGUGCCACUGAGCUAGUGGGAUCUGUCAGAAAGAACCCCAAUUCCGUGAUGGAGGAGAUCAACAUCUCAAAUGUCCUGGUGAAUGAAACUUUCAUCAAGUUGCUUGAGUUAGCGUAUCAAACCCGUCCUGAACUAGAUGUUAUCUACGGGGAAGUUGAAGGCUGCGUCUCCAAAAUCCCCAAGCAGCAUCCAAAUGCCAUGAAAGUGAUUCAGAAAUAUUUGAAUGAACACAACCUACGACUCUGGGACUUUUUUAGGAAAAUUGACAAGGAUGGAAACAUGAAGAUCCCUGUGUCAGCCUUCCGGAGAGCCAUGAUGCAGCAAUCAAACAUCCAACUGGAUCGGGUCCAAAUUGCGGAACUAGUGCGAAAACUAGACCAGAAUCAGACAGGGAUUGUGGACUACAGUCACUUGAAAGAGCAGAAGUCAGCACAGAAACCUGUGAAAGAGGAAAUGGAGGAGAAGGUGUAAAAAUGAAGUGAGAAGGCAGCUUUCCUUGACUGUUAAUGAGCAAACGAGGUAUGUUUCACAGAACCAGACACCAGACCUGCAAGAUCUUACUCCUGAACACCAAGCCUCACCAUGAAGCCCAUCCUUUUACACGUGAAAAACGUGAAGGGGCGGCACGCUCAUCGUUUUGCACUUCGAGAUCUCUUCUUCCUAAAACGGAGCAGCUGACACACCGCUCCGUGACCAGAAGGGCGCUCCCGGGCCGGGGCUGCGAGGGCCCGAGGCCGACCCUGCGGCAGCGCAGUGGCAGUGCCCGCCCUGCCCGCUGGGUGUCGCCGCAGACCCGCGGUGGGAGCACAGCACGGGACCCGGCGGCCCCGAGCGGAGUCCAUGUUCUCUCCUCUGAAAGAGACUCUGUGCCUCCUUCCAAAAAAAUGCCACCAGCAGGAACGUCACCCGGUGAUUUUCCUGCCGUCCUGCCAGGCUCCAUGUAUGUACUAGGAAAUAUCUUCAUCAUUUAUUCCCACUGCAUCCUGGGUUUGUGCUGCAUACACUACGCCCGCAUCUUUAUCUCAUGCGCAGUGCUGCUGUGUGUAAGUCACACGUUGCUAUUCUGCUUAGGUCUGCACAGAACUGGCUGCCCAACUCAACUGAUUUGCCCAGUUAUCGCCCUUAAGAUUCUAGACCUGCUACAGCCACGAAAAAUCCUCUCUUCUGUCAGAGAGCAACAUAAUCAAAUAUAGAUGGGCACCGGCCUGCAGCAGGUGUGGCUUUUAUUUGGUUGAGUGUUCUCUUAAGCUCCAGAUUCAACAGUGAUGGCAGCUAUGCUGUACAUUUACACCACAGAAAACCUACAUGGUGAUGGGAUGGUUUCUUUCUCAAAGCAAACAAAAAAAACCUGAACAAAUUGUACCCAAUUCAAACCCAAAUGUCGAGCUUCUAGAAGGGUUUGAUAAGUAAAAAUUACCUCCUUCAUCAAACACAUAAAAUCAAAAGAGAGUGAAUCUCUGGGAAGGAUCCGGGUGCAGCAUUCUGGCCUCCCGUGUGGCUGGAUGCAACUAAAACCAGCUAAGAUCAGUGAGUGCAGUGCAGACAUUAAUGCUACGAAUUCACAUGCAGGCAGUGCGGUGGAGGGAUGUGGCUGCAGUCUGUAUUGUUGCAGAGUCUCUCUGAACACUCUCAGAUCA